GAUUUGGUCGCCAUUCCGCACGGACUUAAGUUGAUCGACAAGACUAUAGAAACGAAGGAUUCAGAGCUCCGCGGGUUCGAGUCCCGGUACGGGCUGCUCAUGCUGGUUGGCGCACUGCUCGCCGGCCUCCUCAUCAACUACGGAGGCCGGAGGUGGCCUUUCGCUUUUGGAAUCGUUGUGUACACAGUGGGGAGCGCCGUUGUCAGCUUCGGUUCGAGAAUGGCCACGUACAGAGUCGGCCGGAGUUUUAUGACCAUCGGCACGGCAAUUGGAGUAGUCAUUGGGCCCAUCUAUAUUGCUGAGGUGGCACCGGCCCGAGUUCGGGGAUUCCUCGGCUCAUUCCCUCAGCUUCUUUUUUGCGUCGGGAGGGUAUGUGGUUACGCAGCCCAGUACGCGAUCCGCCAGCACAGCCUCCACAAUCGAGGGGGGCGGGUGAUGACGGGGAUCCCGUGCGUGGUGUCGUUGAUCACCCUUGUCAUCAUGGGGGUUUCUCGAUUCCGAGAAUCACCGGCGUACUUGCCGAUCGAGGGCCUGUUGGAGGAGUCGAGGUCCAUAAUGGAAGACGACAUGGGCUGCCCCAGACAGGAGGCCGACGAAAGAAUCGAGCAGCUGAAGAAGGUCGCCAACAUCUCGCCCAACAUCAACCACAACACCGACCAUUACAACCGGAAGAAGGGAGGGAUCGACGGGAUGUGGUCCCGGCUUUUCAACGGCCCCACUCUCCUAAUUCUCUUCCUUCUCCAUAUCCUCUACCAGCUGAGUGGAGAAUUCCUAGUGUUGACCUACGCCAGGCCGAUCCUGAUAAGACUUGGUGGUCUCUACUCGGAAGAGUGGUACAUCCGCGGAGCUGCGACGCUGACUGGAGCCAGGAUAAUGGGCUCGCUGGUGCUCAUGCUCGCUGUCGACUGGCUGGGUCGAAGGAAGAUGAUGCUGACCAGCACAGUGAUCACCAUGCUGGCUGCCGUGGUGCUUGGAGUCGUGGGGAUAGGUAACCAACAUGGGUGCAUCAGCGACGGCGUGGCAUUCCACUGGUUGGCUUGGGGCGCCGUCGCAUUCGAAGCCGGACUGUCGGUGGGGUUCGGAGGGAUCCUCUGGAUGUACGGCCCGGAGUCCAUCGGGCUGCCGUCCAGAGGUCUGGCGGUGACCGGAGCUGUUUUGUGUGGGCUGGUGGUGGGCAAGUUGAUCAACGUGGGAUCUCUGUCCAUUUAUGGACGAACGCUCCCCAGGGCCGGUGGAGCGAUGUUGAUCUCCGCCGGUUUCAUGUUCGUCGCCGUCGUGCUUACCUUUCUCUUCAUGAAGGACACUAGCAAGAAGCCUUUGAGAGAUCACGAGCCCUCCUCGGAGUCCGCCUAAGUGCUGCAUGGUUCGGUGCCGAUUGAUCGAGAUUGGUACGGUGGUUCUAAGUACGUAGUAGGUCAUGGAAAGUUCAAUAAUUUCAUGUUUGUGUGUGAUGUUUAAUUUGUCGCUAGCUGCCACUUGUGUAUGUGGCCGGCCUUCGAAUCAUAGUUUUAUUCUCUUGUACUCUUUCUGGCCGGUGUAAUAUUGUCUCUUCCCU